AUGUUGACAUCCAGUCACCUCACCAUCGUCAUAAAGCUGACCGACGGGGUUUCCCUAUCGGAACUCCAGUCUACCCACCUCACCGAUGCCGUAACCGCCGCCACCCACCUUACGCCAUCGGAAGCGAAAGAGACGUAUUUCAAAAUCCGUGACGUGCAAAACGUCCUCAUCGCCGACACCUACCGACCCUCGGCCCAGGAAAAGCUCCUGCAGACCACGAAACUCACCAUUGCAAAUCGCGACUACGCCGUUACCAGCUACCCCUCGGCCCCCACCAACUCCUGCAAGGGCGUCAUCCACGGCGUCGCGUCUCUCACCGCCCCCGACGAGCUCAUCGCCAACAUCGAAUCCAAUGUCCCAGUACUCACCGCUCGCAUGAUGGGCAAGACCGAAACGGUACUCAUCACCUUCGAAGGCACAUACGUGCCCUAUACUAUAUACUACCGCCGCCUCCAAUUCCGGUGCCACCCACACAAGCCAAAAUCUCAACAAUGCCAAAACUGCCUCCAACUCGGCCACCGCGCGGAAGUCUGCCCCAAGAAAGGCAAGCUUACAGUAUGCGACAUCUGUUACCAGGAAAACAUGACCUCGGACACCCUUCACAACUGCGUUCCUUACUGCGUCAAUUGUAAAGAAGAGCACGCCUCCAAGGACCCGAACUGCCCCGCCAAAAAGCAAGCCGAUGCGCAAGCCACUCUCGCUGCCUACAAACGGCGAGUACAGCAGCGUCCCAAGGCAACAACCAUCCCCAACACACUGCGCACCCCUCCUCCACCACCAAGACCGAAGGGUGGGAAAGCCUUGACCACUCCCAACCCGCCCCACCAACCAGCACCUCCUUCCGACAAGGUGCCCACUACCAACUCCAGACAGGAGAAUUAUCGACUACCGCCCAUCCCACGAGGCUCAACUCAGCAACAUCGCAGGACCCGGAGUCUCAGCCGCAACAACAAGGUGAGAGAGCCACUCCGUUCCACAUUACACCCGACACACGCAUCCCGACCCAAAUCCAUACCCCAAGCCAUUACUGCAUCCGACACGUACAAACAAGCGCUUCUCGCUGCCAAGCGCACACCAACCACCCCAAACACAGUACAAGCGAUAAACGUAGCACCAGAAAAUCAACACAUGGACACUUUACCUCCCCCCUCUCAACCCGUCACUCCCCAGGUCUCCAUCGAACUCAAGCAAAUCAUGCUCGUUCUGAAAAACAUUCAGGAGCGCCUGGCCGCUCUCGAGCAGGAUGUAGCAGAACUGAAAGCACAGGGCCCUCAGCACCCAAAACGAAAAGCAGACGACCCCUACAACCCUGAAAGCAAAAUCCCCCGUCAAAAUAUCGACACCUCAUCAACUGAUGACGAAACCAAUAUCUAAACAAUCUAUACACAUCCUACAAUGGAACUGCCGCAGCCUACAACGUA